AUAGAAUAUUAUUAUUCCAUAUAUUAUAGGAUAAUGACCAUUAUGUAAAUAACUUUAAUUAUGUAGCCUACAUUUUACCAAGUCUUGAAGCUUGAAGCUGAUAACUUUUAAGCAAUUUUACUCAAUGCACAACUAUAUCACCUCCUUGAACAUGAUACAAUAAAUCAUAUAUUCUUUGUGCAAUCCAGUCCUCUAAAACAGAUGUGGUAUAGAAAUAUGUAUAUACGCAUUCUUGAAAGAGAUUAACUUGUUAUGAAGCAUGCUACACUCGCUGAAAUUAUACAUAACUCAUACAUUAGACUGUUUGUAUUUCCUGCACUGUCAUUCCUGCACCUGCUCAGCAGCAUUUCAUUGUUGGUAACAUGUAAAAAAAAAUUAUAAAAAAAAAAUUGAAGAACAAGAAUAGAAGAACUGUUGAGCAAUUUCACAGGGCGUGAUCCAAACACUGUUGAGUCACUGUAGGAGAAAACUAGGGACAAGUACAUUCCUGUCAUGUGACAAUGAGCAACUGGUUUGUUUUGUUUUUCUAAGGUUAGAGUUCAUGUGCUACCAAACCAGUUUAUGGUUUGACACUAACCUUGUGGAGAACCAGGCUUCCCUAAACAGGCAUGGCUUCCCUCAUGUCCGAGGAGCAGUUCCAGUGCUGUAUCUGCCUGGACAUCUUCACCAACCCCGUGUCCAUCCCGUGUGGUCACAACUUCUGCCUGACCUGCAUCAAAGGCUACUGGGACACCCGUGAGCGCUUCGAGUGUCCCCUCUGCAAGGAGAGCUUUCGCCGUCGGCCAGAGCUACGCAUCAAUCGCGCGUUUAAGGACAUCACUGAGCACUUCCAGAGGUCCCUAAAGGUCAAAGCCCAGCAGGCAGAGGAAGGCGAUUAUCAAGACAUAGGAGUAUUAGCGUCACAGUGUUCACCAGGGCUCGGUCCUGAGCCCGAUGCAGUUUCCUGCGAUGUCUGUCCUGGGACGAAGCAGAGAGCUGUUAAGUCCUGUCUGGUGUGUCAGGGGUCGUACUGCGAGAACCACCUGGGGCCUCACCAGAGAGAGCCGGCCCUCCAGAGGCACAGGUUGACGGACCCAGCAACCUUCGCCACGCGAGGCCUGUGCCGGAAGCACGAGCGGCCCCUGGAGCUGUUCUGCAGGAUCGACCAGAUACCGGUGUGUGUGAGAUGCAAUGAGACUGACCACAAGGGCCACAGCACUAUCCCUAUGGAGAGAGAGAGCAAGAAGAUGAGAACUCAGAUGAAGAGGACUGAAGGAGAUCUGUUGAAGAUGGUUCAGGACAGACUGAGGAAGAUGGAUGAGAUCAAACACUCAGUGGAGCUCAGCAGAAUAAGUGCUGAAAAAGAGAUUGAGGGCAGUGUACUAGUCUUUAGCAAACUGGUGUGCUCCAUCGAGAGAAGCCAGGCUGAGCUCAUGAAGGUGAUUGAGGAGAAGCAGAAAGCAGCAGAGAGGCGUGCUGAAGGGCUCAUCAAUGAGCUGGAGCGGGAAAUCAUUGAACUACAGAGAAGAAGCACUGAGCUGGAGCAGCUCUCACACACAGAGGACCAUCUCCACUUCCUACAGAGUUUUCCCUCUCUCUCCACUCCUCCACCCACCAAGGACUGGUCUGAGAUCAGUGUAUACUCUGAUCUAUGUGUGGACACUGUGAGGGCUGCUAUGUCUCAGCUUGUGGACACCUGCAGAGACUUCGAAAAGAUAUUAUGUGAAGCGGAGCUGAGGAGAACCCAGCAAUAUGCAGUGGACGUCACUCUGGACCCAGUCACAGCCGCCUCGUGGCUCGUCCUGUCCUCCGAUGGGAAGCAGGUGAGUCUGGGAUACCAGCAGAACCACUCCCUUCCUGCUGACCCUCGGAGGUUUGACUCCUGCGUCUGUGUGCUGGGACAGCAAGGCUUUGCCACCGGGAGGCGCUACUGGGUUGUCCAGGUGGGCGACAAGACAGACUGGGAUGUGGGCGUGGCGAAAGAGUCUGUCAACAGGAAGGGGAGUGUCACAGUGAGGCCGGACCAAGGCUACUGGGCUGUGUGCCGGAGGAAAGGCAGCCAUCUUAGCGCGUGCGCCGGGCCAUCUGUCCCCCUUCACCUGAGAAAGAAGCCGCGGAAGGUUGGAGUGUUUGUGGAUUUCGAGGAGGGAUUGGUCUCCUUUUACAACAUGGAGGCGAAGGCUCAUAUUUAUAGUUACAGGGGAUGCUGCUUCACUGAGACACUGUAUCCGUAUUUUAACCCCUGUCUCCAUGACGACGGGAAGAACACUGCCCCAUUGGUUAUCUGUUCUGUGGAAGGGGAGGCGGGGCCUAUACAGGAAGUUGUGAGGUCUAAGGUCCCGCCCGCAGCCCUGGCGUUGGCUGGGAGGAGCCGUCAAUCAUCUGUUGGCUCUGUUUCGCAACACUUCUGAGACUGUUAUCUGACAGGGGACUUUGAGAGAUACUUCCGAGAUACCUGUGUUGAUGGACAGAACCAAUAAUGCAUAUCUAAGAUCAAUCAGAACUUGGCAAUGACAUAAGCAUAAAAGUUAAAUGAUGAUUUUGUAUCCAGAUUUGUUAGAAUUGAUUCUUAUAUUUCAUAGCUUAAUGCGCAACAGGUGUAACUAAAAAUCACCUUGAGAUUGUUUUCUUACUAGCUUCCUACAUUUUGAGGAGAAAGAAAGAAAGGAUAUGAGAGGAUAGAGAGAAGAGGGAGGAGUGUGGAACAGGUAGGCGGUUGUGGGCGAGAGAAAACAGACGAUUUAUGAUGGUUGUGAUAUGAUAAAACGUCUGUUUGAACACAGGGGUUCCCUGAGAGAGAGAGAAAGGGGGCAGGGUUAGAAAAAGAGAAAGGAGGGAGAGAGAGAUGUGAAUGAGAGAAAG